GUGUGCGGACAGUAGCGGAAGUUCCGUUCCGUCGAGAACUGGGACAGCGAGCGCAUCUUCUACAGUGUAUGUGUGGCAACAACAUGUCUGUGCCGCUGCUCACCGAGGCUGUGACGGUGUCUGCCAAGGAGAAGGAGACUGCGGCGGUGAUCUUUCUUCAUGGACUAGGAGACACAGGGCACGGGUGGGCGGAGACUCUGACGGAGAUCCAGCCGUCUCAUGUCAAGUUCAUCUGCCCCCAUGCACCUUCAAUCCCCGUCACUCUGAACAUGAAGGCGUCGAUGCCCGCGUGGUUUGACCUCAUGGGCCUCAAACCCGACAUCCCCGAGGACGAGUCUGGAAUCAGGAGGGCAGCAGAAAACAUCAAGGCCAUAAUCGAACAUGAAGCCAAAAAUGGGAUACCCCCUCACCGAAUCAUUCUCGGUGGCUUCUCUCAGGGUGGGGCUUUGUCCUUAUAUACCGCCUUGACCUAUCAGCAUCAGCUGGCCGGUGUGGUGGCCCUCAGCUGCUGGUUACCUCUUCACAAGAGUUUCCCAUCGGCAUUUAGCGGCAACAAGAACAUCCCGAUCUUGCAGUGCCACGGCGAGAUUGACUGCAUGAUCCCGGCGCAGUUUGGUACCAUGACAUACGACACACUCAGAUGCAUAGUCAACCCUGAUCUGAUCACCUUCAAAACGUAUCCAAACCUCUCUCACAGCUCCUGUCCUCAGGAGAUGGUGGAUGUAAGGGAAUUUAUCAACAAGUAUUUGCCCCGAAUCUGACCUCACCUCAUCUCGUUCCCCACUGUGACCCUCUGAGACACUGACCUCCCAACCCUCAAUCUGCCGUUGUCCCACAGGAAACAGCCAUGAGCACCCAUCUACCCCAAACCUCUACACACAUCAACAAUAUAACACAUACAGGCAUGACAACACGCACUCAUAAUGAUUUGAUACACAAAGCCGAAUGAAACAUCUGCUUUGCAAACAACACACUGAUCUGAUGAAACAUAACCAAGUGCUUGCACUCACAAGUCUUAGACUUUCAGAGGGAGAAACACUGACUCACACAAAACAUUCCCUUUGUUUUAAUCAAAACAACCUCUGUGUCGCCUCUCCCCUUUUACCUCAUUAAGGUUCUGUUUUGUUGAGCUGUCUCUUCAUUACGCCUCAUUGCUUCACUUAAACACUUUUUAAAAUAAUUUCUGAGAGAUUUGGUGGAAACCUAACAGUACAACCAACUCAGUCAACAAGUUAAAGCCUACUUCAGGCUUUUAUUCAAAGGUAGGACUGCACUGCUCUGGCUUUGCUAUCAACUAUUACUAAAUAUACUGCUACAUUAUGACUGGUAAAUUGGUUUAGUUGGUGUGUUUUGCUGUAUUUCCCAGUGCUGAGCCAUGAGUCAGAAAGGAUUUAAAGAUGUUUAAAGUAGGUAAUGAUCUCUAGCAUCUAAAACCUCCUUUUGGCUCCCUCCUUCCUCAGCAAAAAAAAAAGCCGUCCUGCACAACACUGGGACAUUAUCUCACACAAGCAUAACGUCAUAAACAUUGAAGCAAAUUGAGGAAGUGUGGGACUAGUAUCAACAUCAGAUUAUGCAUUCCCACUAUCAGUGCAAUCAGGCUGAAUUUCACUUUCAUUUUACUACUGUUUAUUGUAGAACAAGGCAAGACAUUUUUGCUUUUUAGCCAAAUUACCUGCUUCGGACCAUCCGCUCUGCUCUGAAACUGUUUGGUAUUUGAUUGACAGAGUCCUGAGGCUCUCCAAGGAGCAGCGACUUAAGGAAGCAAACUGGGAUUUACUUUUCAUUAUGAAUUCUGAAAUAUUAAAUGCUUUAUAGCAGCUGAAAAGUAGUAUUCACUACUGUAAAUAUAAGGAAAGUGAGUCAUAGGGUUGACACAAGACCUACAUUUCAAUUUUGAUACAAUACUAGUAUAAAUCAAAAGAAACUGACACCUGUUUUGAUAUCAUGACAACAAAGGUACAAGUCCCAGGCAGCCAAUUUGGUUUUUUUUUUGUUUGUUUGUUUGUUUUUCUGGGGUAAUUACUUGGUCUUAAUGACUGAAAAUGCAGGUAAGCUCCUGCAUAAUGUCUAAGUUGCACAAAGGCAUCCGCAACAUUUCAGUACCGAAACUUUUCCAGUGAAUUUGUGCAAUUCAGAGAGUUGUCACUCAUAUUCCAAGUUAGCCAACCUGUGAAUUUUCCCAGAUCACUGCUGCUGUCUUGCGUUGUUUUCUGGCAGCUAUGAACUCUGGGUACUUUUUCCGUAUUCUCAGUUGUUAAAAUCAUCUACAUUGUAUCAUGUUUAAACAAGUGGCAAAAACCCACGAUUGUCCUAUCUCCUAUCGUUUUUAACCUCACAACAUCAGUGAAUUUCUCCAAGUGAAAUUGUGCCUGAUUGCAGCUUCACUACAGUUACAGUCCAAUAGAGUCUGACUCAGGUGCAGUGAAUGCUGGUUUCCCACCAAGUCAUCCGUCUCUUAACAACUUCCUGCAGCCUGUCUGGGUCAUUGCAUCAUUAACUUGACCACGUAUUCACACUUUAACAUUCAAAAAGGAGGCCUAUUAUAACACUUCAAUAAUACAUGUUUUAAAGCAGUUUAUAGAACAUCAAUCCAUCUGAAUAAAAAAAAAACUACCAAUUAAAAUUCCUGCCACCCUGUGCUGUUUAUUUAAAAAACGACAUUUCAUGUAAUCUGUCUUUUCUGCAGAAUACCUCUGUCGACUUUCUUCGUUUAAACAUAGAUUGUAGCUGUAAAUGAGUAUGACUUCACAAUGAGUUCAUGAAAUAAUGCAUUGAUCUGAAUGGUUGCAGGCCCACACAGGCUGCACACCAUGAGUCGUUUCACUUUUCCUCCCACCAGUGUUUCCUCUUUUCUUUUUUCCCAUUCAAGUGUAACAACUAAACCAAACACAUCUUUAUUCAAAAUUCAGCUUUGCUCCCUCUGUACCUUUUCCACUUCACUGUGGCAAAGUUAGACCGGCACAAACCAUUUCUCCCCUUAAAAAUCCAAGAAAUGUCCCACCUUUGGCAACUCACCCUGAUAGAAAAGCAAAGGUCAGAUUUUAAAGUCAAACCCGACACUAUUAUAGUUCACUUCUUUAAACAAAAAAAAAAGCCUAUACAAAGGGAGGGCUUUGGUGCAAAGCUGUUCCAACAUAACUGAAAGGUAAUUUUAUCCUGAAUAAAAAAUAAUCUUGAAUAACUUGUGACCCUUGGACACUUGGAGUGUAACUCUGAGGAGUCGUGUGCUUAAAAUAUCCCUAUACAUCAGGUGUAGUGCAUUUUCCUUCUGUGAAUGUUAAUAUUGCUCUCCUCAUGAUUACCUGUUCUAUAUUACUGUUCUGAUUUUAAAAGUGGAAAAGGAGGAAAGACAUCUGUUUUGAUUGUUAAUCACUAAUCAAUGAAUGUCUCUCUUAUUUCCUCCAGUCCUUUGCUAUUUGCUUCCAUUUAUUUAGAUUCCUUUUCUCUUCUGACGCCUUUUUCUUUAAUUAUUCUAAGAUUUUUCCCCAAUGUGACAACAUCACACUGUCUCAUGUGUUUUCUCCUGCUCAUUGGUUCCAUUUUGCCCAUUGUUGUCCAACUUUCUACACGUUUUUUUGGACUUACGUUUUGUUUUGUCAUCUCAACCUUUUUGUGUCUGUAUAAUGAUUUGCAUAACAUGCUGAGGUGAGACUUAAGGUCUCUUCACUUUUUUUUGUUUCCAAAACACCUGUAUGCGGAAUAAAUGACCCAAAAAAAGUC